GAUGAUGCUGCUGUUCUCAGAUGUCUACAAACCCCUUAUAUGCUGAGGCUUUCAACUCAUCUGCAAUCAAGAAGCGCAUGAUUGCUCCUACUUGAGAGGUAGAUGUCAUUCAUUCGCAUUUAAUUCAACCAAUCUGCUGACGAUGGAUAAACCCUCCGAUGAUAUUGCCCCUUCUAGUCGGGAGUCUGUGGAGAUAAUGUCGACGAAAUUCGAGAGUAUGAUACGUGAGAUCUCCGACAGAAUGAAUUCUCUAAUUCAGCAAACUUGCGAGUCAUCUGAUAAACACCAUGAGCAGUGUGUCUCGAUAGCUGACGAGGCCGAGUGGGAGAUAGAAAGACUCAAGCUUGUCAUGGAAAAAUGUAGUGACCUCGAUCUGGAGUUUGCAAAGAUCAAAAGAAUUGGUGAAAUUCAAAGAAUUCAAACGACGAGUUUCAUAUUUAGAAAGUCAAGUCUAAGGAUUAGCGAUAUUAUGAGCUCUACUAUAUACCUCAAGCAAUUACACACGGCUGCUAUGGUAUUCUCCGCUCGCCGACAGAUGGCUGUCGGUAAAUAGCGAAACACGAGUAUGCACACGGAGGUGCACCACGUUCACAGCUACAAGCCAGUCCGUGGUCGGACGUCUCCGCUGGCAGGUGGUGAUAGGACUUGGUCUGUGAGUUCCAGGCUCCGCUUAAGUUCUAGACCGGUCAAGUU